AAGGGAGCCAGCUCCUUUCCGACUCUCAGUUACUGCUUCAAGCUUAGUUUCAACUGGUUCAAUAUGACUAUUGAUUUCUAUUACGUUAAUGCUAGCGCUCCGUGUAGGUCGGUUUUGUUGCUGGCCAAAGCACUCAAGAUUGAACUCAACUUGAAGGUGACGGACUUGUCGAAAGGAGACAACAAAACUCCAGAAUUCCUCAAGCUAAACCCUCAGCACGCAAUUCCAACAAUAGACGACAAUGGGCUUGGAAUUGGCGAAAGCCGCGCCAUCUUGGCCUACCUUGUGAACCAGUACGGCGAAGACGAUGAUGCUCUGUACCCAAAGGAUCCGAAGAAGCGCGCCAUUGUCGACCAGAGACUGUACUUCGACAUUGGAACUCUUUACCAAGGUUUCUUAAAUUAUUAUCUGUUUCCCAUCAUUUCUACUGGAACUCACGGUGACAAAGCCGGCUUGGAGAAACUGGAAGGUGCAUUCCAUAUCUUAGACGCUUUUCUGGAAAAGCAGAAUUGGGUUGCAGGAAAGAACAUCACUAUUGCUGACUACUCCAUCAUUGCUUCAGUGUCAAGCAUUGAAGGCUUUGGAUUUGACGUCAACAAAUAUUCCAACGUUGCCAAAUGGUACACAAGAGCCCAGAAGACUAUAGAUGGCUAUAAGGAAAUUAACGAAGAAGGUGUAAUACAACUCAAGCAGUUCUUUAAGAAAUUUCAGAAAUGAAAAUUACUCAUUGAAAAUAUGCUGACAUUUUGUGUUAUUACAACAUAAAAUAAUAUCUGUUACUGUGAAUUAAAACUGUAUUCUGCAAAACCUGUCUAAACUAAUACGUUCGUGGUAUUCAAUCCAGAGUAAAGCAAAUGUCUGGGGCAA